ACCUGUGCCUAUCUCUCCCUGCAGGUGCCUGUGUCUGUCUCUCCGUUGAGGCGCCCGUCUCUCCCUGCAGUCACCCCAGGAGGGGCUUGUGCCCAUCUCCCCCACCAUCUGGUGUCCCCUGCCACCCCCCAACCAUGGCCUUUGGAGACCUUCUGGAGAAGGUGGGCAGUGCAGGUCCCUUCCAGCUCCUCUGUGUCCUGCUGCUCACUGCGCCUGCCCUCCUCAUUGCCAGCCACAACCUGGUGCAGAACUUCAGUGCCAUCUCCCCUGAGCACCAGUGCCGCCCCCUGCCACCGGGCACCAACGCCAGCUGGGUGGGCAACAGCACGGCAGCUCAUGGGGGGCUCUCCCUGGCCCCGAGCCCAGAGCAGUGCUGUCACUUGGCGGGCACCCAUGGGCAGCGUCCAAGACACAACGGUUCGCUGGGCAGGGAAGGCGAGACAGAGCCCUGCCGGGACGGGUGGUACUACGACCGCAGCACCUUCUCCUCCACCAUCGUCACUGAGUGGGAUCUGGUGUGUGACCUGGGCCCCCUCCCAGCGCUGGCGCAGAUGCUGUUCAUGGCAGGGGUGCUGCUUGGAGCCCUCCUUUUCGGAGUCUUCUCAGACAGGUUUGGGCGGCGGGUCAUCCUGCUGUGUUCUCUGCUGUUGGUGGCUGUCAUGGGAACUGGGGCUGCCUUAUCCUCAGACUUCCUCACCUACUGUGCCUUCCGCCUGCUGAGCGGGGUCGGUCUGUCUGGCUUCCUCCUCAACUACAUCUGCCUCAGUCUGGAAUGGGUCCCCACCAAGUCCCGCGCCCUGGUGGUGACAUGGCUGAGUUACUGCAGCACGGCAGGUCAGGUGGUGCUGGCUGGCCUGGCCUACAGCAUCCGGGACUGGCGCUGGCUGCAGCUGGCCAUUUCUACCCCCUUCUUCAUCUUCUUCCUCUGUGUCUGGUGGAUCCCGGAGUCCGCACGCUGGCUCAUUGUCAACCACAAGCCUGCAACAGCGCUGAGCAACCUGCAACGGGUGGCCCGGAUCAACCAGAAGCAGCUGGGUGGGGACAGCAUCUCCCUGGAAAUGGUGGAGAAGGUGGGGGGCAGCCUCCCUGAGAAAAGCACAUGCUCCUGCCUGGGCCUCUUCCACACGCCGGCCAUGAGACGCAUCUCCUGCUGCCUCAUGAGUGUCAGCUUUUCCACCAACCUGGCCUACUUCGGGCUCUCCAUGGACCUGCCGGCCUUUGGCCUGGACAUCUUCCUGGUGCAGACAUUCUUUGGGGCCAUUGACAUCCUGGCCAAGAUGGCCUGUACCCUGGCCCUGAGCUACUUUGGGCGCCGAGCCAUCCAGGCCAGCUCCCUCAUCCUGGCCGGAGUCUUUCUCCUGGGGAACAUCCCUGUACCCAGAGAGAUGCUGAUGGUGCGACUGGCUCUGGUGGUGCUGGGAAAAGGAUGCCUGGCUGCCUCCUCUGUCUGCUCCUGCCUGUAUGGGGGAGAACUCUUCCCAACCGCUGUCAGGCAGACAGGCACUGGCUUCACCACUGUGAUGGCUCGUCUGGGUGGCAUGGUGGCCCCGGCGGUGCUGGUGGCUGGGCAGCAAUUUCCCUUCCUGCCACUGGUGAUAUUCGGGGUGGCUCCCGUCGUGUCCGGCAUCGCGGCCUGCUUCCUGCCAGAGAUGCACAAUGUCCCCCUGCUGGACACCAUAGAAGAGGUGGAGGACAGGUGUGACUCACAGGCUGCUGGGAUUGACUGCUAUACGAACCAGGGGCUCUGGAGAAGAAGAGCAACCAGGCAGCCAGGAAGAGGUUUCCCCACAGCCUCCAUGGCCCCUGGAGUCCAGCUGGAGAAGGAGCAAUGCAUGGGCUUCUUCCAAAUCAUCCUCAUCGCCCUGGUCUUCCUCCCUCUCCUCAUGGUAGCCUCCCAUAACUUCCUGCAGAACUUCACAGCUGCUGUCCCCAGGCACUGGUGCUACAUCCCGGUGGGAGACAAUGACACCACAGAGGUGACAGGAGACCUGCUGAAGAUCUAUGUUCCUAUGGAUGACAACCAGGAGCCAGACAGAUGCCUGCGGUUCAGCACCCCACAGUGGCAGCUCCUGGCCCCCAACGGAACCAGCACCAAUACCACUGAGCCCUGCCUGGAUGGGUGGGUGUACGACAGGAGUGUCUUCAACUCCACCAUCAUCACUGAGUGGCACCUGGUCUGUGGCCAGCGGACUCUCAAGGAUUUUGCCCAGUCCAUUUACAUGGCGGGGGUGCUGGUGGGAGCGCUGGUCUACGGGGGCCUGGCAGAUAGGCUGGGGCGCCGGGCACUGCUGCUCUGGUCCCUGCUGCUGGUGGGUGUGAUGGGCACCGGCGCUGCCUUCGCCCCCAACCUGGCAGCCUACUGUGCCUUCCGCUUCUUCAGCGGCACGGGUACCGCGGGCUUCAUCCUCAACAGCAUCAGCCUGACCAUGGAGUGGAUCCCAUCCCAGUCCUGGGCCACGGUAGCCACCAUCCUUGCCUGCAGCCUGACGCUGGGCCAGCUGGUCCUGGCUGGACUGGCAUACGGCAUCCGCGACUGGCGCCAGCUGCAGCUGGCAUCCUCAGCACCCUUCUUUCUCUUCUUCCUCUACAGCUGGUGGAUCCCAGAGUCCGCGCGCUGGCUCAUCGUCAACCACAGGCCUGAGAUGGCGCUGAGGAACCUACGACGGGUGGCCUGGAUCAACGGCGAGAAGCUGGAGGGGGAGGGCAUCUCCCUGGAGACACUGAGGCUGGAAAUGCAGCAGAAGAAAGAGAGCUUGGGGCCCUCCCGGCACUCUGCCCUGGGGCUGUUCCGGACAGCGCCCAUGCGUGGGGUCACCUGCUGCCUUAUGCUGGCCUGGUUCUCCAACAGCUUCUCUUACUACCACCUGGCCCUGGACCUGCAGCGCUUCGGGGGCAUCAGCAUCUUCCUGGUGCAGCUGAUCUUUGGCGCUGUGGACGUGCCCUUCCGCAUGCUGGUGGCCGUGGCUGCCAACCGCCUGGGGCGCCGGCUCACGCAGGCUGCCUGUCUGUUCCUGGGGGGACUUUUCAUCCUGGCAAGCAUCCCCGUGCCGCAGGACAUGGAGGUGCUGCUGAUUGCCCUGACUGUCCUCGGAAAAGGGCUCUUCUCCUCCUCCUCCAGCUGCUCCUACCUGUACACCACGGAGCUCUACCCUACCGUCAUCCGGCAGACAGGGCUGGGGGUCACCAACAUGAUGGCUCGUCUGGGAGCGGUGGCAGCCCCCAUGGUGCAGAUGACCCAGGCCUUUGUCUCCUUCCUGCCCCUGCUCCUGUUCGGGGCAGUGCCCAUCACAGCUGGCAUCCUGGUCAAUUGCUUACCAGAGACCUUGGGGGUCCCACUAGCCGACACGAUGAUGCAGGUGGAGGACAGAGCAAGAAAGAAAAGGAGCAAGAAAGAGGAACUGAAAACCAAAUUCUAAACAACAGGCUCAUGUGUCAGGCACUGGACUGGGAUUCUGGAGACCUGAGUUCAAAUCCUGGCUCCCUGUGUGACCUAGGGCAUGUCACUUCAUUGCUUGGUGCUCAGUUUCCUCAUCUGUAAAGUGUGGCUAAUGAUGCUUCCCUGCCCAGUGGGGAUUAUGGGGAUAAAUCUAUUAAUAUGUGGGAGGCUCAGAUACUAGCAUGAUAGGCCCCACUGCAGAACUAGAUAGAGAUAGAACCAGACAAGCAGCUUUUUAUCACAGAAGCAAAAUCUUGAAAGGGUCCUUUUUGUCUGGGAUUCUCCAGCUUAGAUUUUUAAAAAGACAAGGAGUACUUGUGGCACCUUAGAGACUAACCAAUU